GAGCGGCCAACGAGCUACAAAGUGGUGCACUCUGGAACUGGGUCUAUGGUAAAUAGCUGCGACGCCAGCUCUCCAAUGUGCCAGAUGUUACAGCCGAGAAAGAGAGAGGGAGCAAGAUUCGCUGUGGCGAUCAGACGGCUCUUAGAAACUAAUGCGCUGUGAUUAUCGAACACAUUGCGUCAUGAAUGGGUAGCAUGAGUCGAUUGGGAAUGUUAAGAUGAAUGAGCCGAAUGACGCCAGCUCAGGCCAGGCCGGGCAGUUGGCCAAAAGCAAUCAAAUGGACAAGUUGAGCAUCGCAGUCGUCUGGCCCAUAACAUUGUGUAUAUGCCUGAUAAAUUUCGGCUAUGUGCAGGGCAGUUUUCUGAGAUUCACGAACAUUACAUGCGAGAGCAAAGAUCUGAGCACGAGCUCAAUAGAGUAUUGCUAUGUCGGGCACUUGGAUCGUCUGAGAAACUAUAUGAGUGUGCGCUAUAAGCUGGUUCAGCCUUUACAAAAGGACUUUUUCUUCCGUUUCAGGUUGAUGAUCAGGAAUCGCAACAGCUGGCAGCCGUUUCUAUAUGCCAUCGAUAUAGACUUGUGUCGUUUCUGGAAAACACGCUAUAAUGGCUUAGCCAAAAUGUUGUAUGGCUUAAUUGAGGGUCACACCAACCUGAACCACACCUGCCCCUACUUGAAGGAAAAGUAUGUGACUAUAGACAGAGUGCUCAACACGGAUAUAUCUAAGAAAAUACGCGGCUUGCCGCUGGGUAAAGGACACUAUGCGGUCUUUACCAGCUGGUCCUGGAAAAAUACAACACGAGCCAUUACAAAUAUUUACUUGGAGGUCUUGAAUGACUAACCAGGCAUCGGCUGGUCGUGCACAUUCAGCCAGAACAUAAUUACAUGUUGAUGCUUAUUUCAAUAUGAUCUUGCCAAUCAAAUUGUUUGCAUAAACAUUCGCCUAUUAACAAUCAAAUGGACAAGUCGAGCAUUAAAUAUUUAUGGCUAAUACCCUUGUGUAUAUGCCUGCUAAAUGUCGGCCAUGCAAAUGCAAUCUUUAUUAAAUUCACAAACAUUACCUGCGAGAGCAAAUAUACAAAUUUGGCCACUGUGGAAUACUGCUUCAUCGGGCAGGUGGAUCAACUGACAAACUAUAUGAGUCUGCGCUACAAUAUCUUCGAGCCGAUCAAAAAACAGCUCUUCUUUCAUUUCAGAUUGAUGAUCAGAAGGAAUGGCUGGAAGCCAUAUCUUUAUGCAUCGGACAUAGAUAUGUGUCGUUUCUGGAAAUCGCGCUAUAAUGCCCUGGCCAAGCUCCUGUUGGGAUUUUUGGAUGGGCGCACAAACAUGAAUCACAGCUGCCCCUAUAAUGAGAACUACAUUUAUAUUGAUAAGGUCAUGAAUACAGAUAUAUCGAAGAGGCUGCCGGCUCUGCCCCUGAGCAAAGGGCAUUACGCGCUU